AUGGUUAGCGUAAAGUCAAAACUUGGCGCUUUCCUUGGCAAAUCUUUGAAAGUCCAGAGCGGUUAUGUUGAAGCAUUUCUGGGCAUCAAAUAUGGCAAGUAUGAGCCAUUCGAGCCUCCUGAAAUUGUCUCAUCUUAUCCUUCCGGAAUGAUCGAUGCUCAGAAACCCGCGCCUUUCUUUCCGCAAAAUCUUGUCCCGACUCAAUUCAUGGUUACUUACCUGCCCUGGAAACAGUCUCUAAUUCGCGGAUUCAAGGCUGCUGGUUACGCAGACAUUGGCGAUUUACACUUGAAUAUUUUUCGACCACCAAAUGCAGUCAAAAAACCCGUGAUGGUUUGGAUCCACGGGGGCGGUUUUUACAUCGGAGGUGCUUCUCAGUUUGAUCCAUCGGCGCUCGUGCACUUUGAAGAUGUAGUUGUCGUUGCGAUAAACUACCGCCUUGGCGCGCAUGGGUUCGCUCCAGAAGAAACGGGAAAUAAUGGCAUCCGAGAUCAGAUCUUGGCGCUGGAAUGGGUUCACCAAAACAUUGAAGAUUUCGGCGGAGAUGCGAAUAACGUAACCAUCUUUGGCGAAUCUGCCGGUGGCAUGAGUGUCGAUUGUUUAGUUCACUCGCCUCUUGCCGAAGGCCUCUUCCACAAGGCAAUCAGUCAAUCGGGCACCCUUUAUUCAAAAAUUGCUCCUUGUGAUCUCCUCCAAGCGAAAGAGCAGUACCGCGAAGUUUUGAAACAGCCCGAUGACGUCGAAUUGAAAAGUCAUAUUCUCAGUUUGAAUCUCAAAGAUUUUUCUCGGGCGGAGGCAAGUUUGUUCGGCCGUGGUCCGUUCGGGCCUGUCCUCGAUUAUGAUGUGUUGCCUGUGCUUCCGGAAGAUAUGACGGAUGAGGAAGCGACAGUCCCAUACAUGCUCGGUCGAUGUUCAGGAGAAGGAGAUGCUCUUUUGACAGCCACGAUUCCAAUGUAUCUCAAAUGUGGGCUUCUCGAAGGUUUCAGCAAAGAAAUGUUCGAAAUGGUCGUUUCUGGCACGAUUGAUCGCUUAGCUCCAUCAUGCGCGGAAAAUGUGGAUUUUUACAUUCAGAGAAUAGUUGAUGUCUAUUCUCAAGAUCUGCGAUGCCCGGAGAAAAUUUACUCCGAAAUCUUCUGUCGAUGGUGGGGAGAUUUGAUGCUGGGAAUCGGCCCGCUGAAGCGAGCGGAGGAAUAUUCUCAACGAGGUGGCGAUGUUUUCCAGUACGAAAUGCAGGUUAUACCCAAGCAUUCCCACGAUCCUGAUUUCUCUGGGAAGCUGAAUUUGAAGCCAGAUUUGAUGUCGGAUGGAAUGUCCGAUGAGGACGAUUUCGUCCCACCAACGCGCGUCCGCAUGAUCUCUCUAGGCGACAGUGGGAGUGGAAAGUCAGCAUUGAUAAAACGGCACUGUGAAAAACGCUUCGUCGGACAUUACGUCCAAACUAUUGGUAUUGAUUACGGCGCCAUCAAAAUCAAACGCGACUGGCAUCAACAGAGCCAGGAGGACGUUUCCAUUGCGAUAUUUGACGUUGGAGGACACGAUUUAUUCUACCAAGUUCGACGGGAAUUCUAUGAGGGAACGGAAGCAGCGCUUAUUGUCUUUGACACAAGCUGCGAGAAUCACGUGGCCACGCUGGAACGCUGGAAGCGCGAAUUUCUCCAAAACGGGGGGAACUUAGAGAAAUGUCUUAUCAUCGUCGCUGCGAACAAAACGGACUUGAGUUCAUCGAGAAAAUUGACGGACGCGGAAGUUUGGGCGGAGGAAAAUGGCUUUAAAUUUGUGAAAACUUCGGCGAAAACUGGCGAAGGCGUGGAGGACAUCUUCCGGCUGAUAUGCUCCGCUGCGCUGAUGGAGAAACGAGGGCCGAGCUUUCAUUCUAAUUGCACGAGAGAGCAGCUCGAGGCUGUGCAGAAAAUUCGCAACGCAACAAAUGACUACGACGUUCUCGGACUAACGCUAAGAGCUAAUCGGGACGAUGUGGAUCGCGCUUGGAAGAAACUCUGCCGACUGGUUCAUCCGGAUAAAACUUCAGCGCCAGGAGCUCAUGAGGCGAUACAGCGGCUUAACAAAGCCAAAGAGGCGCUCAAAAAGAGCACCGUAUAG